AUCUGUGUUAGCUAAUCUUGACCUUUCUAAACCAUUUUAUUUUUUUCUGUGCAGUUCUGCCUUUCUUCUGAUUAACCAAAUGUGCCAGCAGAGCAGCCUAACUGCAUGGAGCAGGCACCGCACGCUCUGGACACCACGUAGUUUGCACUUGUGCGCUCUCUCGCACCUCAAACUGUAGAUACCUGCCCAAUCUGGGAGUUCCCGUUGGUCGUGGCUCGCUCAGCCAGGCGUGUCCCUCUGUGUUUGUGCUUUUUAUCAAGCAGUCCCAGCAUGCUGAAUAGCUCAAGAUGAGUUAUCUUUGCUUGGAGGCACCAUCUGUCCUUUUUCCUCUGGCCAAACUGAAUUUUAUUUUCUUGCCCUUUCCCUAAGGCACCCUUUUAUGUUAUUUUUCCACGCUCCCAAAUGUAGUGGUAUCACCAGGAUGAGCCUCCUUCCCUAGAUCUUCCCAGUGAAUGUUCGGUAAAAGCAGGUGAAGUCAAUGAGACACAAGUUAGUUUCUGUCCUUUCCUACCUUCUUAGCACUGCUGUGUGACCAUCCUUCUGGUGCCUUCACUUGUUCUUGCUCAACAGAGAGGUCAACAGAGUCUAUGAUCCCUACUGCACGUCCCUCUCCCCGAGUUCUGUAGUCAAAAUGCUGUCCAGUUGGCGUGGCGUGGCAGCAAGGAUGAUCCUGUGCUCUUCAUCUUCCAAGGAUUCAGAGAGUUUUCCAUGGGUGCUGUUCUGUGGUACCUGAGCUGAAUCAGCCGCUAGCUGCUGCUGCUUUCCCUCUUUGGAAGAUGACUGUGGACAACUCGUGCUCAUGGACAGCUUGAGGGGGACAGAAAGGGUGCAAUUUGAGUAGAAAAGGUGGUAGCACCACGCUGUUGCCAGGUGGCAUAGCCUAGGAGAAAAAGGCCUGUCGGUGGUUGAGCCUCAUGGUUUGACUGCCUUUUGCGUUUGGGUGAGGUGAGGGAGAACAAGGCUCUUCUGAGCUGCCCGUGGCUGAGAAGAUCAGCCCAGCCUGCGCUCUGUCGUGCCGUACAGGGCUGGAGUCGGACUGAGGGUUUGUGGCCUGGGAGGAAUACAGGAGGUAGGGCAAAUUCGGGGAGGAAAAUACAGAGAUUGGGAAAAGGGAAGAACAGAAAGUGAACCUAACCAAAAGAUGGCGAUAGCUUCUCUGCAGGAGAAGGUAGUGGGGAAGAAGCAGUAGCCAGAAGGAGUGUGCAGAACCAGAAGGAGUGUGCAGGAGGAAGGAUCGGUGCUGUGCGUGGAAGAGGAUAGCACCGCAGCUCAGCGAAGGCUGGCGACCCAGAGAUAACUGGUUAAUCCGGAGUGCGGUCUGUGCGUCCUGCUGAGCGGCUGGACAUGAUAGAAGGCUCCCACGUGGGCAAGGCCUGAUCGUGCUCCCGCUGACUUCAAAUGGCAAGCGACCACGUGAGGACAGCUCAGUGCCUGAAGCAGGGGUGAUGCCCGUGCUCUCGGCAGCGCUAAUGAUGGCAGUGCCCUGUCCUGCAGGCACUCAAGCCUACGUUUUCCUCUCACAAGAUGCCAGCGGCUGCAAAGCCUACUAAAUCCCUCAGCCUCUUCCAGUGUCUCUGUCAGUCUUUCACAGUUGAGAAAGUUCUACUGAGCCACUGGGGAAUGGUGUCCUGGGUGACUCUUCUGGUUUCCUCUAUUACAUCUUCACUUGGCAGCCAUCAAAACUAAGAAAUAGGGCUUCGUCUGGGCUCAGUGGGAAUACAGUGUUUUAGACAGCUCUGUCCUUGGGUUUUGGUGGGAAACCAGUAGGUUAAAAAUGCAUUUUCUCCUCUGAAAUAGGGGUGGGGGGGGGAGAGGAAGGCUGGGUUUGCAGUGGAGGGGAUUAGGGCCUGUGUAUUGCUAGGGAAUGAGAGCGCUGUGCUGUCUUUUUCUUGCUACUCCCCUUCAGUUGGGGAAGCAGUGUCUCCAAACUUAGGUUUACCGGAGUCCUGAACAAGCCAGCUGCAGUCUGUUUCUCUGAGAGCAGGCGAGAAGGGGAUGCCUGGAGCAGCUGUCUUUAGUUCUCCUGCUUUAUCCCAAGUUAGUAGUAUCUGGGACAUGCUGGUGGAGAAGGCAAAACCAGGAGUUACGAAUAGCUUUGCUUUGCCUACUAAGUUUUGUGUGUCCAGAACUAGCUAACUGGGGGAGUACUCACAGUUGAGUAACCGGCCCUUCUUAAAAGGGCAUCUCAAACUAGGCUUGGUGUGAUUCUUAAAGAUCCCAGGGUAGGAAUGGUGAUUUCCCCUAAAACCUUUAUUUUAGACCCUCGUCUCCUCUUCUGUUGCUGACCUGGAAACAAUCCAUGUCACAGGGGUGAAGCACUUCGACAGGGAGGCAAUGCCUGCAUGCGGGGUAAAGGAACUGCUGCUGCUGGGCACAAAGCAGCCAGGCCAAUUUUGAGGAAGACAGCCAGAAGCAACCAGCUGUGGGACACUGGAAGCCACUAAUGCCAUCCAAAGGCAGCAAGGAGGAGCCAGAGACUGGAUGCCAGGAUGCUGGAGGUGUGGAUGAGACCCAGUCCACUGAGCAGCUCAACGUGUCACGUCUACGCAGCUCUUCAGUGGAGAUCCGUGAAAAGGGGUCUGAAUUCCUGAAGGAAGAGCUGCACAAAGCACAAAAGGAGCUGAAGCUGAAGGACAAAGAAUGUGAGCGAUUGUCAAAAGUCAGAGAACAACUGGAGCAGGAACUAGAAGAAUUAACAGCUAGCCUGUUUGAGGAAGCGCACAAGAUGGUGAGAGAAGCAAACACUAAACAGGCGGCGUCAGAGAAACAGCUGAGGGAGGCACGGGGGAAGAUCGACAUGCUGCAGGCAGAGGUAACAGCUCUGAAGACACUGGUGAUCACAUCCACGCCUUCCUCUCCAAAUCGGGAGCUGCACCCUCAGCUCCAGAGCCCUUCUAAAGCUGUCUUCAGGAAGGGCCAUGGGCGAAACAAAAGCACCAGCAGCGCGAUGGUCUCAGCUGCCAGCCAGAACGUGGCUCCAGAGCCAGUCAGUCAUGAGUGCAAAGAGGUCGACUCCAUUUUAUUUGCUGAGUUCCAGGCCUGGAAGGAAUCUCCAACUUUGGAUAAAUCCUGCUCCUUCCUGGACAGAAUUUAUCGAGAAGAUGUAGGACCUUGUCUGGACUUCACUAAGCAGGAGCUGUCGGAGCUGGUGCGAGUGGCUGUGGAGCAGAAUACGCUCACCAUUGAGCCGGUCGCUUCCCAGACACUGCCUGUGAUGAAGGUGUCGGCAGAAGAGUGCAGUGGGCCAAAGAAAUGUGCUCUGAGUGGCCUCCCCAGGACCUGCAAGCACCGCAUCAUGCUGGGGGAUUCUGGAAAUUACUUCUACAUUUCACCAUCCUGCAGGGCCAGGAUCACAGCGGUGUGCAACUUUUUCACAUACAUUCGCUAUAUCCAGCAGGGCUUGGUGAGGCAGGAUGUGGAGCUGAUGUACUGGGAGGUCAUGCGGCUCCGGAGGGAGAUGUCUCUGGCCAAACUUGGGUUUUAUCCCAGUGAGAUUUAAGCAGAGCAUGGAAGGAAACUGCUGCUGUAUGAACGGUUUGUCAAACACAGUCUGCCAAACAGAUGAAAGCAGUGCCUCUCCUGCAGCGAGCCUUACGCCCUCCCCACCGUCCCUCUGCCUGAAGCUGAUCAAGGAGCAAGAAGCACAAGUUCCACCUUCAGCUGUCCCACUUCUCCAACUGUGACUGGAACGCAGCUGCCAAGCUACUGCCUCAGAGCUGGGCUGGCCCUGGCUGCUCUGGGGUGGCCGUCUACAGACUGUCCUCUUUGGAGUCUCCUAUAUGCAGUGUAUAUCCAUGUUUGGUUUUUUUUUUUUUUUUUUUUAAACUUUUGUUUUUAUAUGCAGUCUGCUUUGGCAUAUUCUGAGGCCAGCCCUGUGCAAGGCAGGAGACCUGGACCUUCUUUGUAAGCAAGCCUUUCAGGACAGAUGCUGGCUGUCUGUCCAUCUGUUCCACUCAUUCUUUGGGGUGGAGGGUGCCAUACACCUAGGUCCUGCUGACCGCUUACUUCCCUAACGGCCCUGUAAAUGCCAGCAGCACGUAAUAAUCGUCUGGAGAGCCAUGAACAGCCUGUUUCCAAGUCCUUCCUUGCUCCUUUUAAAGGAGCCUGCAAGAGAAGCCUUCUGCCAGCUGCAUCACAAAGAGGGAUUUGUGCUUGCGAUUUGGCACUGGGAAAUCCAGGCCGGGGGAACAGCCGGAGCGGAGGCCAGAGCUGUGCACCUGGGGCCUUCGGCAGAAGAAAGCGAGCAGGGAAACUGCAUAACUCACAGCUGGCUGCAGCUUGGCUGCAGUCUGCAGGAUGUUUUCUCCUGGUCUAGAGAAUCUGCUGCACUUGUCACAGGCAGAUGCAGAGCUUGACAAGCGGUGCCCUGUGACAGUCCUUGGUGCAAAAGUCCCCCACGGUGCUCUUAGGUACAAACCUCAGCCCUGGACAGAUGCCUUUGAGCUGUUCCUGCUCUCAGGGUAGCUUUGGGCAGUACUGGCCCUACUGUUUAGGUAGAAACCAUGGUCCCAGGCUGGGUUUUUAUGUCUCCAGAAGGAGCACGCCCAGGCUGAGUACAGUCUUGAGGCCCCAAGAUUUCCUCCCCAGUAUUGCAUCACACCUAGAGAUGCACGUCCACUGGGAAACCUGGCUGCUUCUGGGCUGCCAUCCCCGGUGAGGAGAUCUGAGACAUCUUUGUGUGCAUGAGGGAUGUGGCCGCAGUUCCUGUAUGCCUUUGAAUGUGCUGGGAAGGAUGUCACUAAAGCUCUUGUGGCGCAGAGGCACUCUAUAGCUUGAGCUCAGGCCCGGGUUUGUCUGCACAGAACUGUGUUAAAGCCAUGACAGUGUUUUGUAGCCAAUUUAGCCUUCUUUUUCAGUGACUCUGGAAUUGGCUCAGCCACCACCCACCCUGGGGGUUUCAUCUCACGUGGCAUUUCUGCACUCUUGACUGGCAUGUCACCCUGUCCCUCUGCCAUCAUCGUAACUCCUAUUUUAGCAGGUUGGUGCCCAGAACUGGAUCACCAUCCUCAGCUCUGUUAAGUUUCAUCCUCUCCUGAGAGAUGCUACAGGAGGAACUCUCUAUCUUCAGUGGAAGAAAACUAACUGAGCUGCUAUGUUUUUGUCCAGGGGAGGGAGGAACAGACGGGUUUGGUUCGGAACCUAAUCCAAGGACAGCUUCACAGCAGGUCUGAGAAAACCUUCCUGUAGAAGACCCCCAUGGGCAGAAGCUUUCCUGUCACCGAGCAUGCUCGCACUAUGCUGCCGACUUGCUCCUCAGGUGACUCCUUUCCUUAUAGCUAUACUGGCAUCUGGUAUUGUUUGCUAAGGCUUAGUAGCCCUGUGAAACUUGGGUUGUCAUCCCCAGAGCUGGGAGAACACAUUCUUGACAAUACAUCCUUGCUUUGAAUCCCCCUCCUUCAGCUCAGGACGGGCUGACCUCCAAGUCCAAGUUGUAACACCCCAGUUCUUGCUUUUGCUUCCCACAGCUGAGUGCCCCAGCUCAUGCUGCUCACCCUAGCUAGAGGAGUGCGGACAUCUGCUGCUCGUCACCAAAGGAAUAUGUUUCAAAUGUGGAGUAAAAGCCUGGAAAAUAAAUCUCUGGGCAAGAGUCUGGCUGGGUCUUGAGCUAAUGCUAAACCUGCAUCUCUUUAGGUGGUGUCAGCAGACUUGUGGCAAUUUGACGUCAGCUUUUCUAGAGGACGAUGUAGAAAUGUCUUUUCCCAGAUGCAGAUUUCAGCUCAGAUAAAUUCUAUCCCUGGCAGUUUCUCCUGUCUGUUCCCCCUGACCUUUUGAUCUCUACAUGUCAUCCUGUGCCAUGAGCUGCUAGGUUGCACACCAGUUGUGGCUGCACUGCAGCACUGGGGAUGAGAUGAUCUCUCUAUGUAGGAGAUGUUUUGAUUUGUGGGAUUUUUUUAUUUUUUUUUCCCCCAGUGUCACUUUGUAAAGCACUUUGAGAUGAAAGGAAUUGGAGAAAUGCAUUGUAUAAGGUUGUCUUGCAUUUAAAACAAAGCAGAGAGAACAAUUUGUAAGUUAAUAUGAAGUUACUCCGUUAACAGCGGGAUGGUUGCACCCUGCUCUUUAACAAAGGAAAAUAAACAUUUGUUAUUAACCUCUUGAAAGGUCUGGUUGCAGUUCUAGGGCUGGGUUGGUUGGGGCACGUGUGCAAAGUGAAAACCCAAGUUUGGCUGGCAUUGCUUCUUCCUGAGGGACUGGGGUUUUAAUGCUUUUCUUCACCAGUCUGCCCCUCCUGUAGCUGGCCGCUCCCUGACUUCACCGGGGGACUAAGUGACAGUGUUUUGGUAGCAAACAGCAUCUUUAGCACAGGAAUUUCUUGUGACAGGGCAGGCCUGUGUGGUUCUUGCUGAGCAAGGCUGAGGUCUCUUCCAGCUCAGCUGUGGUCUGGCUGAGUUUGCUGGCUUGAAGCGUUGCAGGGGAUAUGCUGGCCGUCCCAAAGGCUGCUUAAUGGAAGGAUCUUAGAAUCAUAGAAUCGCUUUGGUUGGAAAAGCCCUUUAAG